AUGCAUGGGACGCUACGUAUGUAUCCUUCAACCUCCAAGGUGUUCUUAAUUAUAUCACAGUCAAAACCAAAAUCACAAAUCGAUAGUUCAGAAUGCGGGGAAUAUUUCGGGAUCAGAAGUCUUGAGCUAUCAGAACUCAGUGAUGAAUUUAGUAUACUAGUUAUUUCGAAGAAUUAUUCACGGAAGUAUUCUGUAGGUUUCAUCUUAGUCCCCUUAGUACAGCUUCUAAAGCAGUUAGGUUUCCAAUACCAGAGUUCAACACUUUUUGGAGAGCAGGGUUCAGUCCCAAGCAGGUUUGGCAUUUAA